AUGAGCAGACACCGGCGGCUGGGGCUGAGUCCCAUGGACACUUUGAGCGGUACAUCGCGGGCGGGAAAGCCGACUAGGCACUCCGGAGAGCGGUACCAGGCGGGGCGGCAGCGAUCCGGCGGGGUGGUAGCAAUGCUGGAGGGCGAGGUGCCCGUGCAGAAGCGCCACAAGGGUAGCACGAGCGAGGGCGAGGGGAACGGGCUGCUGCGGGCGGCGGGCGAGGGCGACGAGGGCGGACUGCUCGAGGGCUACCUGGAGCUGGUCGAGAAGGAGGGCAUGCGGCGCAUCGAGGGCGUCCAGCUGGCUGUUCGGGGGGCGGCUGGGACGCUGAUGUGCGAGCUGCAGAGCGCGGCGGGCCACGAUCUGUGCCUGCUGGACCUGCAGCGGGACGCCCGUGCGUUCUACUUCGACAUGCACACGACGUGCGUCGGGCUUCAUCUGAACCAGAAGGUGCUGCUGCUGGGCGAGCGGAUGGAGGCUACGGCCCAGCUGCUCAUAUGGAGCACGCGGGGGGACCGGUCCGACACGCGGCUUGUCGACAUCGAGCGCACGCUGAAGGAAGCGGGGCUGCCGGUGAGCGAUGCGGCGAGCAAGUCCGGCAUUGAGGCAGCACUGCGGCGCCAGCUAUCCUCUGUUGCCGAGGAGGGAACCAAGAGGCUUGGUAUGCUGGACAAGCCGCUGAGUUCACUGAACAAUACCAAGACCUUCAAGAGAAAGUACGGGAAGUCGGGCCAAGUGAUAAGUUUUCCCCACACGGUUGAAUGUGGCUCUUCUGAUGAGGAGCGUUGCGACUCUCCGCGGUCUGAGAUAUCGCCCAAGUCAUUUUACGGUUCGGAUCGCUCCUCGCCUUCCAAGCCAGACCUGGCCGAUCACACGUACUCCUCUGGCCUUCGCAAAUCGAGCAGGCUCUUAGAUAUUAAUAAUAAGAAACAGUUUGUGGUGGAAGAUGAGGACGACUAUGAGAAACCAGAAGUGUUCAAGCCUACUCUGCAUUACCAAUUUUCCGACGACACGAAGUAUACGGUGACGAACCAAGACUUUAAAUGUCUAUAUAACCACGAUUGGGUGAACGAUACCAUCCUUGACUUUUUCCUGAAAUACUAUGUGGAGUGCACAAUCAGUGAUAGUGACUUAUCGCUGAGCGACGUGCACAUCUUUUCAUCUUUCUUUUACACGAAGCUGGUCAGUAAUCCAGAACAGUAUUACGCUAACGUCAAGAAAUGGGUGGCCAGCUCAAACUUGCUGGAGAAAAAGUAUAUCGUAAUGCCUAUCAAUGUCAACUUUCACUGGUUUGGAUGUAUCAUUACAAAUCUUAGCAAACUGCUUCGUUUCUUCAGGGAAGGUUUCCAUGAAAGGUGGUUAGAGCAAUCGAAUUCGGACUCCAAUGUGAAUGAGAAGGAACGGCUACUAUUUCCUGUAGUUACGAUUUUAGUCUACGAUUCGCUCAGGCAGACACAUUCCCGUGAAGUAGAGCCAAUAAAAGUCUUCUUAAUUGACUAUGUCAAAGAUAAGUAUGGCUUUGAUCUUCCCAAGGCGCAAAUCCGAAUGAAGCUCUGCACGGUGCCUCGACAGCCAAACAUGAGUGACUGCGGUAUCCAUGUUAUUCUGAAUACAAAGAAGUUCUUCGAAAAUCCGCAGAAGGCCAUCAUGCUGUGGUAUCAAAAGCCAUCUCAUCUUUUAACAAAAGAGAUAAACUUGUAUUUCGAAAAGACUAAACGUAAGACGGCAAGACAGGACCUGCGAAAUGUUCUUUGGGGUUUGCAAAAUGAGCAGGUAUUACGUGACGGAAGCCUCUGCCAGUCAGAUCACGAGCUGGCGGAGGCUGAUAAUCAUAGUGAUUUAGAGAUUAUAGAAGACACCGAAGGUACCAAGUGCCAACCUCCUAAAGAAAACGAUGCAAUAUCAAAGUUGUCGGAAUCCAAGGUAUACGUCACUUCUACACCAGAGGAGACCCGUAAUAACGCACUUAUGAAACGAAUUAUAGAUCAUGGAGAGCCAAAUGCAUAUAUAAAGGAUGCUUCAGGUGGAACUUCAGGAAAUCCUUUUCCGGAAGCCGCAGUGGAUGACACGCACACUGGGAAGCAACAGGAAAUCAAAGGUAAGCCACCAAGCGUUUGCAUAAUUCGUUCGUCCUCAAGAGAUGUUAGUCCUAGAGUCCGGCGUCAUCUCAGUAGUAGUCCUGUGGGUGAUACUUUAGUCAAUGAAACCGGUACUAAAUCAAUAUUUUUUGUCUCUUCCAGUUGCAAGGAAUCUGAUUUAGUACCAUCCGCCCAAAAGUCCGAAGAAGGGUACAAUAAAGUGACGGCGGCUACAUCACUGCUUGCUUCCGAGGAAGGCCAACAUCUAAAAACGACUGAAGAUGAAGCAGGCCAAGCCGGAUUCCAGGAUCACUUGACUGAGGGGGAAACAAGUGAUAAGAACUCACCCGAGCACUCUAAGCACGCAGGCAGUGACCAUCGUCCGUUUACUCACGGUUAUCUCAAGAAAAGAUGGGUACUAGAUCAAUCAGUCAAUGUUGAUACUGGUGAUACGGUAGUUUCCCGGGAUGCAGAGGUCAAUUUAUUAGGGGAAACCGUACAUUCUGCCGCAAAUUUAGACUUGGGAACUUAUAAGUCUGAAAUGAAACGUACUAGUAUGAAGCACAAAUCUAUCAAAAGUACGUCUUCCCUUUCAGGGACUAUCACUGUUACGGAUGAGGAAGAGAUGGAACCUCAAAGGAACCGGGAAUACGUUCAGCUCCAGGAUGAAAUAAUAAUACCACAUACUGGAUCCCAAACACCGAAAACAGCCCAAAUAUAUGUAAGUGAUUCCCAGGAUGUUGAGGAAGCACAGAAAAAUUCAAAUGUUCAAGUUCUUGAGGUUCAUGAACUAGUUCCUGAAGGACGCAGUCUUGGUGGUGCCCCUGUAGUCCAGAGAAAAAAAUAA